AUCAUGAACCACACAAGACAACGGAAGACACAAAUAUGAACAAAAGCAUGAAGAAUAUGCUGGUCUCACCGUUCCGCACCAACCAUGUGGUUCUCUUUCAUUCUUUCUCUCCCGAACAUGUCUUAAUAAAAUAUGCACAACUCUUCACGUAAAACUCAAGAAACUCUCCACGUUCUGACUAAUAUUUGAGGAGUGUUUGUGGAGAGUGUUGUGCACUGCACUAGUAUUACAUCAAAGGAAACUUUGUAGAUAUCGUUAUUGUUGUUACCGGAAUUCGCAGGAGGUCAGCUCGGCUUGCUGGACGGUACAGCUAUGGCUGGCAAUGAAUGGAUUAAUGGGUACCUUGAGGCUAUACUAUCCACUGGGGCUGGCACCGUUGAUGAGCGAAAAACGGUGACUCCAAAAGAAAGUGGACAUUUUAGUCCCACCAAGUACUUUGUGGAAGAAGUGGUGACCAGUGUUGACGAGUCUGAUCUUCACCGGACUUGGAUCAAGGUGGUUGCCACUCGUAACACCAGGGAACGUAGCUCAAGGUUGGAGAACAUGUGCUGGCGCAUUUGGCACCUUGCCCGCAAGAAGAAACAGUUGGAAGGGGAGGAACUGCAGAGACUAGCAAACCGGAGAUGGGAGAGGGAACAAGGACGCAGGGACGCAACAGAAGACAUGUCUGAAGAUUUGUCAGAAGGGGAAAAGGGGGAUGGCAUUGGAGAGAUGCCAAUUGAGACGCCAAAGAAAAAUCUCCAUAAGCAGAUUUCCAACUUGGAAGUUUGGUCUGAUGAUAAAAAGGAAAAGAGGCUUUACAUUGUCCUCUUAAGUUUGCAUGGUUUAGUUCGAGGAGAAAACAUGGAGCUUGGUCGAGAUUCUGAUACUGGUGGACAGAUUAAAUAUGUGGUAGAACUUGCUCGUGCACUAGCAAAAAUGCCGGGAGUGUAUAGAGUGGAUCUCUUCACACGCCAAAUCUCAUCUCCCGAAAUUGAUUGGAGCUACGGAGAGCCUACAGAAAUGUUAACAGCAGGCACAGAUGAUGAUGAUAAUAACAUUGGAGAGAGCAGUGGUGCAUAUAUCAUAAGAAUACCCUUUGGUCCGCGAGAUAAAUAUCUACAGAAAGAACUUCUUUGGCCCCAUAUUCAAGAGUUUGUGGAUGGAGCUCUAGCUCACAUUCUCAACAUGUCAAAAGUAUUGGGUGAACAAGUUGGUGGGGGACAACCUGUGUGGCCACACGUGAUUCAUGGACACUAUGCAGAUGCUGGAGAUAGUGCUGCUCUUCUUUCAGGUGCCUUGAAUGUGCCAAUGGUGCUCACGGGUCAUUCACUUGGACGGAACAAGCUAGAACAGCUUCUUAAGCAAGGGCGUCAAUCAAAGGAGGAUAUUAAUUCAACAUAUAAGAUAAUGAGGAGAAUAGAAGCAGAAGAACUUUCCCUUGAUGCUGCUGAACUUGUUAUCACUAGUACAAAACAAGAAAUUGAGGAGCAAUGGGGUCUUUAUGAUGGGUUUGAUGUCAAGCUUGAGAAAGUUUUGCGUGCUCGUGUCAGACGUGGUGUCAAUUGUCAUGGUCGAUACAUGCCUAGGAUGGCGGUUAUCCCGCCUGGAAUGGACUUUAGCAAUGUUGUGAUACAAGAAGAUGGCCCUGAAGUUGAUGGCGAGCUCACACAGCUUACUAGUGGUGCUGAUGGGUCUUCACCGAAGGCUCUACCUUCAAUCUGGUUAGAAGUGAUGCGUUUCUUCACAAAUCCUCAUAAACCUAUGAUCUUAGCCUUGUCAAGGCCAGAUCCAAAAAAGAACAUAACCACUCUGCUUAAAGCUUUUGGAGAAUGCCGUCCCUUAAGAGAAUUAGCUAAUCUUACGCUUAUAAUGGGAAACAGGGAUGACAUAGAUGAAAUGUCCUCUGGGAAUGCUAGUGUGCUCACAACAGUGUUGAAAUUGAUUGAUAAGUAUGACCUUUACGGGCAAGUGGCAUACCCAAAACAUCACAAGCAAUAUGAUGUUCCGGAGAUAUAUAGAUUUGCUGCAAAAACAAAGGGUGUUUUCAUAAAUCCGGCUUUGGUGGAACCCUUUGGUCUUACUUUAAUUGAGGCAGCUGCUCAUGGACUUCCAAUGGUGGCCACUAAAAAUGGGGGGCCUGUGGACAUUCAUCGGGCCCUGAACAACGGUUUACUUGUGGACCCUCAUGAUGAAAAAGCAAUUGCUGAUGCAUUGGUGAAGUUGCUGUCAGAGAAAAACCUGUGGCAUGAGUGCAGGAAAAAUGGUUGGAAGAACAUACACCUUUUCUCAUGGCCUGAACACUGCCGCACUUACUUGACCCGGGUGGCUGCAUGCCGGAUGAGGCAUCCACAAUGGCAAACCAACACUCCAGAGGAUGAUAAAGCUGUUGAAGAAGAAGAGUCACUUAAUGAUUCUCUCAAGGAUGAACAUGACAUGUCCCUAAGGCUCUCAAUUGAUGGUGACUUGGCUGCAGCAAGUGGCGGUCUAGAUGUGCAAGACCAAGUGAAACGCAUUCUAAGCAAGAUAAGGAAGCCAGAUUCUGGUUCAAAUGGUAAUGGCGGUGGUGGAAAUAUCAACAUGGUUCUUGACAAUGCAACUAGCACCAGCACUAGCAGUAGCAAAUAUCCUCUAUUGAGGAGAAGGCGUAGGUUGAUUGUUAUAACACUUGAUUUGUAUGACAAAAAUGGAGCUCCAGAGAAUAAGAUGAUUGAGAUAAUGCAAAAGAUAGUUAAAGCUGUUCAGUUAGACCCUCAAACUGCUAGAGUUACAGGGUUUGCUUUAUCAACUGCUAUGCCAGUGGUGGAAACAAUAGAGUUCCUUACAUCAGGCAAUGUUCCAGUAAAUGAGUUUGAUGCUUUAAUUUGCAGUAGUGGGAGUCAAGUUUACUACCCUGCAGGACCUGGUAUCAAUACAGACGAAGGAAAGCUCUUGCCUGAUCCAGAUUAUGAGGUGCAUAUUGACUAUCGUUGGGGGUGUGAAGGUCUUAAGAAAACCAUUUGGAAACUUAUGAAUGGUGAAGAAAAUGCUGAAAAACCUUCCUACCCCAUUGAGGAAGAUCCGAAAUCCAGCAAUUCUCAUUGCAUCUCUUACAAAAUAAAGGAUCAUACCAAGGCAAAAAAGGUUGAUGAAUUGAGGCAGAAGCUUAGGAUGCGAGGUCUACGUUGUCAUGCUAUGUACUGCAGGGGAUCAUCUAGAAUGCAUGUUAUUCCACUUCUUGCAUCUAGAGCCCAGGCACUAAGGUAUCUGUUCGUACGUUGGAGAUUGAAUGUUGCAAACAUGUAUGUGAUCCUUGGAGAAACCGGGGACACUGAUUAUGAAGAAAUGAUUUCUGGAACUCACAAGACCAUAAUCAUGAAGGGAGUGGUGUCUAAGGGUUCUGAAGAGUUACUCAGAGGUCCAGGAAGCUACCAAAGAGAUGAUAUUGUCCCUAAUGAGAGUCCUCUUGUUGCAUACAUCAAUGAAAUAACACCCGAAAACAUAGCUAAUGUUUUGAAGCAACUUUCCAAAUCUGGAUAAUCUGAAAGGCUACAGUAUAUUAUCUACAUUUUCUAAUUUGCUUUCCUUCAAAAAGACUAAACGAUUAAUAAAUUUAUGAGAAAUGUUAAUUACACCUUUUAUAAUGUUA